AUGGAGCAGUACCUGCUGCAGCUACCAAAGCGGCUGGCGCACGAGGUACGCGCCGGCAUUGCCCAUGGCGAGUCGGCACAGGUCGAUAUGGUAUCAGGAGCGGACAACAAGCACUUUACACUGCACGUGAACGGCAAAGAGUAUCCGGCCAAGAUCGCGCAAUUGCCGUGUAUUGUCGAGACGCACAAGACGUACGACGACAAUUUCUUCUACAAGAGCGGCGAGAUCGGACAGAUCUUUGUCGUGACGGAAAAAGAAGAGGAAAAGAAGCUACUGGAGACACAAGAGGAGGUCCAAAGCGGCCUCACACCGCCAAACACAAAUGUGAUCAAACGCAAAUACGAGAAAACCAAGAAGACCACUCCGUUUCCCAAAGCUGACGUUGCUCGCGUGGAAGAAGAUUUGGUAAAGAUCAUUGCAGGUGGAGCUGUCGAAGAUGUCCACGAGGAGCUAGUUGACUUUUAUGACUGGAUGGCUGACGACGAGCAUCCGAAUGGAAUCACUAUCACGGACGAGAUGGCGCUUAUUCGCGAGCAUCCGGAGUACCUUACUCUGUCGGAAGAACCGCCAAUGAAGCAGAUGAGAGCGAUGCCAUUGAUGGAAGAGAACGCCGCGGUACCUAGCACGGCCAACACGUCGGUCAUGAACACGCCACUUGCAACGGAUGCAGGAUCUGGGACCGAGUCCCAGACGGAUGGACGGCUUAGCGUGCAGCGUUCUCCGUCCUUCGCGCCAACACCAAGUCCCAAGCUUUCGCCCAUGCAGCUGUAUCCAUCAUCCAGGUAUGACCAAGACGAAGAUAAGGAGGUGGACAUGCUGGAGGAGGAUAUUCUCAAUGAUUUGGACACCAAACCGGCUUUGCCGCCUCAAGAGAAGGCAUACUUGACGGACGCAGAUUACCUCAAGCUAUUGCCCAUGCGCGAGCGCUUACAGAAGUCGGUGCGAGAUCUAGACCGCGACAUGAGUGGGUUCACCGCCAAGGUCGACGCAAACUCGAACAUUGUCGUCAAGAAUCGGUUCAAGCAAAUGCUCGAAGCUGCGAGCAAGCAGCGUGCUGACAUCGUCUUGGAGCUGGACAAGGUCAAUGCGAAAAUCGCUGCGCUCGAGUCGAGUUGA